ACUCCAGAGGGAGAGGUAGACUCGGCGGAGCUGGGCUAGACCAAGAUGCCCUGUGUCCUCAGACGGGAGCAGGGCUGUGGGAUGGGGUGUGAAUCGGUGCACUAGGACCUGCUACUGGCACCUGGGGGUGGGUGGGAUCCAUGCAGCUGGAUGUACUCUCCUGCAGCAAACCCCAGCAGACCGGUGAACGCUACUGGGGUGAGGGCAAGGGAAAAAGCUUCCCAGCUCCCUGCUUUUGCCACCUUCACGGAGGCACCUCGAGCAGGACUGUCUUCAGCAGGUUGUUCGAGCUCCUCUAUGGAAGCCGUAACACCGGAGGGUGAAACUGAGACCAGCUCUUGGGCCAGGAGCUCCCAUACCCUGUCAGGGAGCUGGCUCUUCCUGGGAGGGCAAGUCUAAGGCGGUAGGGGGGAGCACCCUGCCCACCCUGCCCUCUCCCCGGGGCAGGCGGAGUAGAGGUAUCCUGUUUCCAGGCCAGGCCCCCGCUGGCGCUGUCUGUAAACCGGUGGAGAGAUGAAUAUGCAAGGUGCAGUCAUGCUGGUUAAGCUCCCAGCUGGUGGGCGGAGGGGGAGGAACUCUUUUCUUGCCAGGGAGCUCUGCUCUCAUCUGUCACGGGAGACUGUCCCAGGCCUGCUCCUGCUUCUCCCCUUUCUUCCUUCUUAGGGCGUUACUCGCUCCCGUUCCCGCCCUCUUACAUGGGACACUGUUUGACUGAAAUAGCUGCCGCCCCAAGCUGUGGGGCGGGCUGCCCCAGUUGACCCUGGAGGCUCGAUUUUGCAGACUGGGGCCUCCCCAUGUCCUCGCCCUCGGCUCUGCCUCUGGGUGUUCUUAGCGCCGGCGGCUCCUCUGGGCCAGUGUUGCUGUAGUGGGAGCCAUGAGCAUGACAAUUGCUUUCCAGGUUUUUAAUGAGUGCCACAUACGGAAGACCCCUGGUUGUAUCUUGGGAGCUCUGACAAGCCCAUGCUUUUGGCAGUAAGCGUUGUAACAGCUGUGAUGAGGCCACUAGUUCCUUGCCAGAGAGUUUGACCACAGAGAGUCGCCAAGAUAGCUGGGCCAGGAAGAAAACGUCGCACCCCUGACCCAGACUCCAUUACCGACCCCGGCGGGCCGUUUGUGUCCUCCAAACGGCAGAAAAUGUCCAGCAGCACCAAUGCCCCUGGCCAGAGGAGAGUGUCUCGGGGCUUGGAUGAUGCCGCCAACAAGAAGAAGCAGAAGGAUCGAGCCAACCAGGAGAGCAAGGAAGUGUCUCACCCUGAGCUCGAGCAGGCUGAGACUGCCCAGGAGAAGGACUCAGAGGAGGAGCUGCUGCUGGACUGGAAGCAGAACGCUGAUGAGAUCAUCGUCAAGCUGAACUUGGGCAGCGGAGCUCUGAAGGUGGAGGAUGUGGAUGCUGCUUUCACUGACACGGACUGUGUGGUCAAACUACCAGACGGGCGCCAGUGGAGCUGUCAGUUCUAUGAGGAGAUUGAGAGCUCCUGCAGCAAGGUCCAGUGCAAGAAGGGCAACUUUCUACAGCUUGUGCUUCAGAAGAAGAUCCCGCUGCAUACCUGGUCUUCGCUUCUGAAGAGAAGGAAAGACGGAUCCAAAGAGCUGACCAAAGGGGCUGCAUGCUGGGAGAACGGGAAGGAGAAGGCUGCUUCUGCAGAGCUGGCCCCUGAAGAGCUGAGGGCUGAAGGCACAGAGACACCGAGGUCCCGGCGGGAGCCUUCCAACCCCAAGCGCGCUCCGGGAAGAAGCGAGGCCCUGGGAGGGAAAAGCCCAGCCAGCCCAGGGACACAGAGCGGCCCCAGCGCCAAGCGGGCAGUAUACCUCAAAGUGGCUCCCACUGAAGAGGGGCCAAAUGCCAGAGUCACUGGGAGCAUGGAGCCCAGCAAAGGGCACAGCGGGAGGGCAGGCAGCCGCCGCAAUGGCAGAGCCAGCCAGGUCGAUGGGCCUACAGCCCUCACGGACCUCGCACCGCCACUGGAGAAGGCCGUGGUUUUGGCCAAAGAGACCGUUCCUGUGGAGAUGCCACCUCUCACAGCUACCACAGAGGUGUUCCCCCACCGUGUUGCCACCUGUGUGGAGAAGAGGGUCCUGCAGCCAGGCAGCCCUGCCGAGGCCUUGCGGGGCCGGGACUGUACACCUGUCCUGGGAGAGAGCUCUAAGGCUGUCCCAGUGGCCACCCCUCCCCUGGGCAGAGACAGUGAGAAGAGGGACUGGUCCAAGGAUGACGUGGCUCUGGAAGCAGCAGCUGAUGAGCCAGAGCCUGUUGUGAGCCUGACCUUUGUCAAGAAUGACUCAUACGAAAAGGGAAAUGACCUGGUGGUGGUGCACGUCUACGUGAAGGAGAUCCACAAGGAGACAUCCAAGGUGUUGUUCCGGGAGCAAGACUUCACGCUGCUGUUCCAGACGAGCGACACAAACUUCCUUCGCCUCCAUCCUGGCUGUGGGCCUCACACAGUGUUCCGGUGGCAGGUGAAACUCAGGAACCUUAUUGAUCCGGACCAGUGCACAUACAACUUCAUGGUGUCUCGCAUCGACGUCUGCCUGAAGAAACGCCAGAGCCAGCGCUGGGGGGGGCUGGAGGCUCCAGCCACACGAGGUGCAGUGGGUGGUGCAAAGGUUGCCAUGCCUACAGGCCCUACCCCUCUGGACAAGAACCCCCCUGGCAGUAACCAGCAUCCCCUGUCCAGCAAGGAGGAGGCCCGAGCCAGCGACAAAGAGAAACCGCGUGUGGAAGAUGGGAGUCUGGAUGGUGUGGCAGCUCGUACAGCCCCAGAGCAUGUGGCAGUGAAGCAAGAGCCCCACAUCCCCUCGCCCAAACCGACGUGCAUGGUGCCACCAAUGACACACAGCCCUGUGAGCACUGAGAGUGUGGAGGAUGAUGAGGAUGAGGACGAGAAGAAGAAGGUGUGCCUGCCCGGCUUCACAGGGCUGGUGAACCUUGGCAACACCUGCUUCAUGAACAGCGUCAUCCAGUCCCUGUCCAACACCCGGGAGCUGCGCGACUACUUCCAUGAUCGGUCCUUUGAGUCGGAAAUCAACUAUAACAACCCCCUGGGGACUGGGGGACGCCUGGCCAUUGGCUUUGCCAUGCUGCUGCGAGCGCUGUGGAAGGGCACACAUCAUGCCUUCCAGCCCUCUAAACUAAAGGCAAUCGUGGCCAGCAAGGCCAGUCAGUUCACUGGCUAUGCCCAGCAUGAUGCUCAGGAGUUCAUGGCCUUCCUACUUGAUGGCCUGCACGAGGACCUCAACCGCAUCCAGAACAAGCCCUAUACAGAAACUGUUGACUCAGAUGGGAGGCCCGACGAGGUGGUAGCUGAGGAGGCCUGGCAACGACACAAGAUGAGGAACGACUCUUUCAUUGUGGACCUUUUCCAGGGCCAGUACAAAUCCAAGCUGGUGUGCCCAGUGUGUUCCAAGGUGUCUAUCACCUUCGACCCCUUCCUGUACCUCCCUGUGCCUCUCCCACAAAAGCAGAAGGUGCUGACUGUCUACUACUUUGCAAAGGAGCCACACAAGAAACCGAUCAAGUUCCUUGUGAGUAUCAGCAAGGAGAACUCCAGUGCCAUGGAGGUACUCGACUCGGUGGCCCACAGUGUGCAUGUGAAACCAGAGAACCUGCGCCUGGCAGAGGUGAUCAAGAAUCGAUUCCACCGCAUGUUCCUGCCAUCCAACUCGUUGGACACAGUCUCCCCCACAGACCUGCUGCUCUGCUUCGAGGUGCUCUCCCCAGAGCUGGCCAAGGAGCGGGUGGUGGAGCUGCAGGUCCAGCAGCGUCCGCAGGUGCCCAGCGGCCCCGUCGCCAAGUGUGCUGCCUGCCAGAAGAAGCAACUGCCUGAGGAUGAGAAGCUCAGGCGCUGCACGAGGUGCUAUCGAGUCGGUUACUGCAACGUGGCAUGUCAGAAAACACACUGGCCAGACCACAAGGCUUUGUGCCGCCCGGAGAACAUCGGUUUCCCCUUCCUCAUCAGUGUGCCGGAGUCCCGCCUGACCUAUGCCCGCCUGGCCCAGCUGCUGGAGGGCUAUGCAAGGUACUCGGUCAGCGUGUUCCAGCCUCCAUUCCAGCUGGGACGGAUGUCACCAGAGCAGGGGCUGCAGCCUCUGCUCCCGGACAAGCUGGAGCCCCUGGCAAAGAGCAGCUGUGCAGCAGCCACCUCUGCCCCUGAGCUGGGGGACGGGGACAGGGCUUCCAGCCUCCUGCAGGAGCCCCCGCUCUCGCCAGCUCUGCCAGAGCUGCACCCGGAGCUGGGGGACACUGGCACUGUCCGGAGCAAGGUCCUGGCAGCCAGGAGUUCUCUGCUGAGCUUGGAUUCGGGCUUCUCCGAGCACAUGGAGUCGCAGGGCGACAGCUGUUGCGAGAAGGAGCCGUCCUAUGAGAGAGCCCUCAAGCCAGAAGCUGCCAUCCCUGGGUACCAACACACUCCAGACUCGCUGAGUGCCCGCGCCACGCAGUUCUACAUCAACAAGAUCGAUGCUGCCAACCGAGAGCACAAGCUGGAAGAUAAAGGUGACAACCCCCUGGAGCUGACAGAUGACUGCUCCCUUGCCCUGGUGUGGAAGAAUAAUGAGCGCCUCAAGGAGUUUGUGUUGGUGGAAUCCAAGGAGCUGGAGUGCGUGGAGGACCCAGGCUCGGCUAGCGAAGCAGCCCGGGCUGGCCACUUCACCCUGGAGCAGUGCCUCAAUCUCUUCACCAAGCCUGAAGUCCUGGCCCCAGAGGAAGCGUGGUACUGCCCCAAGUGCAAGCAGCACCGCGAGGCCUCCAAGCAGCUGAUGCUAUGGCGCCUGCCCAACGUCCUCAUUAUCCAGCUCAAGCGCUUCUCCUUCCGCAGCUUUAUUUGGAGGGACAAGAUCAACGACAUGGUGGACUUCCCCGUCCGGAGCCUGGACCUGAGCAAGUUCUGCAUCGGCCGGAAGGGCGAGCAGCAGCUGCCCAUGUACGACUUAUACGCUGUGAUCAACCACUACGGAGGCAUGAUUGGGGGGCACUACACGGCGUACGCCCGCCUGCCCAACGACAAGAACAGCCAGCGCAGUGACGUGGGCUGGCGGCUCUUUGACGACAGCACAGUCACCACCGUGGAUGAGAGCCAGGUGGUAACCAGAUACGCGUAUGUCCUCUUCUACCGCCGGAGGAACUCUCCUGUGGAGAGACCCCUGCCAGGGCACCCCGCAGACCACCGAGCUGAGCGCACACCCUCUGCCGAAGCUGCUGCUAGCCAGGCUUCUCUGAUCUGGCAGGAACUGGAGGCUGAAGAACAAGAGUUGCAGCUCGAGGCGCCCCAAAGGCCUGCAAGAAACUCCUGGAGGCCCCGUGGCCAGAAGCGGAGUCCGGGCACCCCCCAGCACCCAGAUGAAGGCUGCGUCAGAUACUUCGUCCUGGCCACCACGGCCGCAAUUGUCGCGCUCUUCCUGAAUGUCUUCUACCCGCUCAUUUACCAGACCCGCUGGAGAUAGGCACAGGCACGCAGCCAGCUGCAGGAGCAGAGCUGCCGGGGCAUGCACUGUCCUAGGAUGCUACGCGACGAAGAUGUCAGGUGGCAGGACAGAAACUGCCAGGAAGGACUCGCCAAGGGAAGCGUGGGGAUGUCGGCUCCUGCCUGUCUGCUCUGGCAUCUCCCGUGCCAGCUGGCAGGGCUGCGUGGGCAGCUCGCUGCCUUGCCAAGGUGCAGCCCAGAACCAGGAGUCCCUCAGCCCUCCUUCACCCGUUCUGCCUGCUGGGAGCAGGGCAGACCUCGUGGCUACCUGCUGCUCAGGGAGGGAUGUUGCUGCUGCAGCAGGACCGGGGGCUGGGAGCCCUCUGGGAAUAUCAACCACCUCUGCUUGGCUCCCAGGAAAGAAGCAGAGACCUACUGGAAGGCUGCAGCAAGGGCAGGAUGCCCUGACACGGGUCCUGGUCCGGCCACCUCUCCCAGCUGUGCUGCUGCGAGAACCUUGUGCUCCCCAGGGCUGGUGUGACCUAUGGCUCCUGGGCCAGCCCCGUCCCUCCUGGUGCCGGCUGCCUAUGCACCUGGAGCUGUGCAUGUCACACUCUCAUGCUGGGACCGAAUGGGCUUGUCACCAAGGGCUUGCGUGCUUCUCUGUUCAGCGCUGCUGCAGCUCCUCUUCCCCAGGCAGCUGCUGCGGAGCCUGGCAAACUGGGAUGGGAUGCCCACGGUGAGCACCCCCCUCUGUGGGCUGCUGGCUCCCACCAUCGCCAUGGGGGCUGUCCCCACUCAGCCCUAGCUGGCUGUGUCUGGGGGGCUGGGUCUGUGCUGGGGGAGCGUGGUGCGGUGCCUCGUUUGCGAGGGGACGGGCUGCCCAUGCUGUGGGAGAGGCAUGGGGUCGGGGAGCGCAGGCAGGACCUCGGUGUGUUAAUAAAGCCGGGUUUUCCAAAGAGAAGCGGUAUCCCUGUCCUGUGUGAUGGGACCCCCGCAGAGGGGCAGGGACUCUGCCCCAGAGCCUGCUCCAGCACAGGGCAGGUGCCAGUGACCUUCCUGUACCUGAUGCAGCUGCUUGCAGAGUCUCUCUGGCCCAGCCGGCACAGUGACCCUGCCCUGGGCUUCGCAGGGUGCCUGGUACACCCUGUGCAGCAGCAGGCUCUGGGGACAGCUCUUGCCUGCUGGUGCUGUGGGGCACAGGCUGGGCUCUGGCUCCCCAGCCAUGGGGUGGCAGCCCCGGUGGGACACGUACGGGGCAGGGGGAGCCCGGUGUGGCCGGCAGCGCACGGUCCCAUGGGGCCGGGGCGCAGGCUGCGGCUCCAGCGGUGUCUGACAUUGAGACGUGUCGCCCUUGGCUGAGCGUGGCUCAGCCUGCUCUGGCGUGUUUGGGUGCGAGAGGUGACUUCAGAGCCCUGUGACUUCCUUUUCCGUCUCCGCUGCUGUCCCGCCGGCUGUGUCCUUGGCUGGCGUGGGAAGGAUGCUUGGCAGGGAAGGGGGUCGCCCGGGUGUCUGGCUGGGGUUUGAGCCGGACAGCGGGGAGCCCAGGGCUCCUCCGCCUCGGUCCCGCACCCCUCUUGCACGUGCGCCACACUGUCCCCCCCCUGCCGAGUGGGUCCCAGCCGGGGAGGCUGGUGGGGCCGUGCCGUGGUCAUGAGGUGCCGGUCCUGGAACAGUCGCCUCAUUGUCUGCAGCCCCGGGGCUCGGCGGCUUCCCCCGCUCGCCCACGGCGCUGGCCUCGUGGGGCUGAGUCAGUGCCCGGCGCCGGUGGGGUGACCUCUGCUCCGGCUGGCGCCCCAGGCUUGGGGCCUACAAGCCACUGCCUGCACCUGCCUGCCCUCCCCGGAGGUGGGUGGCCGGCAGCGAGGCCCAGGCUACACCCUCUGGGCUCUGGAAAUCCCCUCUGGUCCUGUGCCGUUCCUUAGACCCCGGCAGGCGCUGGCAGCCUGCCCCGUGGCUCGCUGCUGCCGCCCGGGCUGGCAGGGUGCCCGUGCUGGGGCGCGGGGCUCUGCUCAGACCGGCCCUGGCCGCGGCAGCCCCGGGGCCACGAGUGCCGGGCUGGGGAGAGGCAGCAGCACCGGGGCCGGGCUGAGCGUGCUGCAGCCUGGCUCUCCUUAGGCAGGCAGGCGGGGGCUGCCGCCGGGGGCCCUGGGCACGCUGCCUUACCCCUGCCAGGGCUGGCACCGGCUGCUGUGUCUGCUCCACACUGUGUGGGAUCCCCCACCUGAGGGGUUGCAUCCCCCACAGCCCCCCUGGGAGCAGGGAGGGAGAGGGGUGGGCUGGGCACUGGUGUCCCCCUCAUGCCCCUGGUGUCCCUAUCCUGCCCGCGGUCUCCCUCUCA